CACACACACACACACACACACACACCACUGUUUGUGUUCAGUAUAAAUGAGAAGUGGUGGACCUCUGGGUUCAACCACUGCCCCUGCCCUUUGUGGUGUCUCUGUUUCUAGGGGAUUUUUUCGGACUUUUGCGUCUUUUUACGUUUCGCUUUCACUUUUCCACACGUUAAGUGCGUGCGAGCAGAACGUGCCUCAGUCGUUGCGGGACCAUCAGGAAAACCGUACAUCAUCAGUCAUGGCCGCCAUCAGCAGCUCAAACACCGGUUUUGCCUUGGAGCUGCUCCGCACUCUGAGCCAAGCAAAUCCCACCGGGAACAUCUUCGUCUCCCCGCUGAGCAUCAGCUCGGCCCUGGCUAUGGUUUACCUGGGGGCUGAAGGAGACACUGCUGCUCAGAUGGCACAGGCCCUCUCAUUCACCUCUGGUGAAGACGUCCACACAGACUUCCAGACACUGAACGCUGACAUCAACUCGCCAUCUGCAUCAUACAUCCUCAAACUAGCCAACCGUCUCUACGGAGAAACUUCCGCCAACUUCCUCCCGCAAUUCCUCAACGCCACGCAGAAGCAUUACCAGGCAGACCUGAAGGCUGUUGAUUUCAUCGGGGCUUCAGAGGCCUGCAGAGUGGAGAUCAACAGCUGGGUCGAGCAGCAGACAGAAAAUAAGAUCAAAGAUCUCCUGAAGCCAGGAACAGUCGGCCCUAUGACAAGAUUGGCUCUGGUUAAUGCUAUCUACUUCAAGGGCAACUGGAUGAAUCGCUUUGAUGUGGCAAACACCAAAGAGAUGACCUUUAAAGUCAACCAGAAUGAGGCCAAGCCGGUCCAGAUGAUGUACCAGAUGAAGAAGCUGCCCUACAACUACAUUCCUGAGCUCGGUCUGCAGAUCCUGGAGCUGCCGUACGUGGAUGAGGAGCUCAGCAUGUUCAUCCUGCUGCCUGAGGAGUCCGCGGACGGCUCUGAUCCUCUGCUGAAGCUGGAGACUGAGCUAACGAGGGAGAAGCUGGACGAAUGGACCAACAGGGAAAACAUGGACGUCCACUCAGAAGUCCUGGUUCACCUGCCCAAGUUCAAGCUGGAGGAAGACUACGAGCUGAACGACGCUCUGUCCAAACUGGGCAUGACAGACGUGUUCUGUGGGGCGAAGGCCGAUUUGUCCGGCAUGAACGGCGAACGAGGACUCUUCCUGUCUACGGUGGCCCACAAGGCCUUUGUGGAGGUGAACGAGGAGGGGACGGAGGCGGCUGCAGCCACAGCAGGCAUGGUAGCAUUCUGUAUGUUGAGGGAGGAACACUUCACAGCGGACCACCCCUUCCUCUUCUUCAUCAGGCACAAUAAGACCAAGUCCAUCCUCUUCCUCGGCCGGUUGUCGUCUCCUCAGUAGACAGAACCGGCAGAGGAAGAUGUUGGGCCAAUUCAAAUAAAAAAAUUUGCAAAAUCCUUAAAAUGAAAGCUUAAUUUUCUGUGAUGUUUUGCCAGUUGAAGAACUGCAUUCUUUGUUUGCAUUUGCACUGAAAUCAUAGGUGUAGCUAUUGGAAUUUCAGUGUUUUUGGUUGAAUUAAUGUGUUAUAAUAGUGAAUUGAAUCUAAUUGAAAUAAAACAAAAGACGUUUGGGUUUUAAAGUGACUACAUUGUUAAAAUGGAGACAAUCAGAGUUUUUAUAGGGACUUUUUCUUCAGUUGACAGUAGUUCUAAUGAAAUGUGUUCACGGUGAGAUAUGUGGAUUAUCCAGAGGAAGUUGGUCAGUUUCUUGAAAAACAAAUGGAGCACAUUCACAGCAGUGAAAAACAAGGUGGAAGGAAAAAAGAAAAACAAAUGUAUUUGUGAUUUGGCUAAACUGAUGAUUUUUGUUGUUAACAGAAUGAACACCACAUCAAAACUUAAAAUUGAUUCAUAGUUUCUCAAUCUUAAUAAAAAUAGUACUAAGAUUUGUAUAUUUAAACAAACUGACCUAUUGGAUGAUGUUCCCGGUGUGAUCAAAAUCGAGCGUUUGUUAACAAAGCACAAAAAGUUGCUUUCAUAUCUUAUUUUUUUUUUUUGAGCUGCUGUUCUCUUAAGGGGCGUCCCUCAGAAAUUAAGAGUUACUAACUGCUGACCUUUAUAGGUGAGAACAGGUCAUUGCACCAGCCAGAGCAAAGUGUAAAAAGGCCACAUUUCCGGAACAGAAAUCUGAGCCUUAUUUCAUUUUGUUGACAUGUUAUAGUUAAAGGUUUUUAGAAAAAGGAAAAACCAAUUUUAGCCAUGUUUUGAGGAAUAAAAUGUUUAAAUCCGGCUAUGAAUGAUAUAUGAACAAUGCUCUCUGUAAAAAAUAUUCUGAAUAUAAAUAUGAAUGAAACUGAAAGGUUUGGUGUAUGUAAGUACAAGUGGAGAUGUAUGGCUCAUGAGAAAAUAAACUAAUUCUGAGAUGUG